AUGAAGGGCCUUGCUAUCGUCUCUGGCCUUCUAGCCUCCACUGUCUCGGCUCACAUGCAGCUGAGCACUCCUUACCCUAUCCGCAGUCCUCUCAACAAGGACGCCAAAGGCGAAAAGGACUACUCGUAUACCAACCCUCUCUCCACAUCUGGUAGCGACUACCCAUGCAAAGGUUACGCCAAGGAUGAUUUCGAGGCCGUCGCCACAUGGGCGCCGGGUUCAUCUCAGCAGAUGGAAUUGGAGGGAAGCGCUGUUCACGAUGGUGGCUCAUGUCAGCUCGCCCUGACUUAUGACAAAGGUGAGACCUUCAAGGUCAUUGAGUCUGUGGAGGGCGACUGCCCCAUCGCCAAGAAGUACCAGUUCACGGUUCCCUCCGACGCACCCGCCGGUGACGCUCUGUUUGCUUGGACCUGGUUCAACAAGGUUGGAAACCGUGAGAUGUACAUGAACUGUGCGAUGAUUACCAUCGGUGGAUCUGGUAGCCGUACCGCUAAUGCAACCGAGAAGCGGGAUGAGACUGUACCCCCUAAGCACAUGAUCGAGGAAAAGCCUACUGAGAUGCCCAUGGACAAGCCCACUGAGAAGAAACCCAACACUACGAAAACUAAGAACAUCAAGGCUGCCAAGAGCAGCUUCGACAGCCUUCCCGACCUCUUCGUUGCCAAUGUCAACCAGGCCGGCAAGUGUGUGACCGUUGAGGGCCAAGCCGUCAAAUUCCCCAAGCCCGGCCCCAACGUCGUCGGCACGGCCGAUGGCCCAGGCUACAAGUGCUCUGAAAAUGCUCCUUUCCUUGACAGCUCUCCCAGCAGCUCUCCCAGCAGCUCUCCUAGCAGCUCUCCUAGCAGCUCUCCUAGCAGCUCUCCCGGCACCUCUUCCGGCAACACAACCACAUCCGAAAAGAACUCUACCAAGUCCUCGACCAAGACCAGCGACAAGAUUUCUAAGGUCGCUCAGGCCUUCGGAACCGCUCCUCCUUCUGCUGAUUCUCGUACUCUCGGCACUGACGCUUCUACCAACAACGCGUUCAGCAGCUACGUUGGUAAAUUCCGUUGCACUGAUGGCGAGAUUCUUUGCUCCCCUGAUGGAUACACUUUCGCUAUGUGUGACCACGGCCGCCCUGUCUUCAUGGGCUCUGUCGCUGCUGGGACUAUCUGCCGCUGGGGUACUAUCUCUGCUGCUCGCUAA